GAUUGGAAAGAACGAUAGUUUUAUUCCCACUAUGGAUAACGUUGACUCAAGUAAAAAGAGUAAGUGGGACGAUAAAAUAGAAAGCGAGGAAGAUGAAGCAAAGAGAAAGGCGGCAGAAGCGGCAAGACGUUUGAAUGAGUCUUUGCUUGCUAGAGGACUAACCAAGGAGGGUCAAGAGACUACUGGAGUCAGUCACGAAGCAGUUGUAGAUAUCAAUGAUAGUUCUCAGCGCCGCUAUAUAUUGCACAGUGGAACUUUGAGAAGUUAUGAGUCGCAGUUUGGGGUAGCCAUUGUUCCUAGAGGUCGUUAUUAUGCUCCCGAUGAAAAACCGGACCUAGCCGAUUUUCGUGGCCCUGAUAGUGAGAAACCUUUGUUUCUUCUCAUUACUGGAAGUGAUGCAGGUGCAGUUCAGAGUGCUAAAGAAGCUCUUGAAGAAGCCGCAAGUGGUGUGACUCCUGUUUUAAGAAGUUCUCAUCCUGGGUUAGGGUCGGAAGGUCAUAAAAGGGAUCGUCUAUAUGAAAAGAUAGUUACAAAUAUGGACUUUGAGACUGCUGGAAGACCUUUCCGAUUAAUAGAACGUUUAAAGGGUCCUGACCUUUCUUAUAUCAAAUACAUAGAGCAGGAGACUAACUGCAGAGUAUAUCUAAGAGGCAAAGGAGCAGAUCGAAACAGUGCAGCAGCCAAUAAUGCUACUACUGAAGAGCCUCUAUACUUUCAUAUACAGGCAACGGAUGAACGUUCGAUGCAAGAAGCAAAGGCAUUGGUAGAAGACUUGUUGGACGCCAUUCGUCUAGAAUAUGAAAAGGCCUGUGCCUCGCAUGUGGCUGCAAUACAAGCGUACCAGAAUCAGGCUCUUAUUGCAGAUCCUUAUCUUUUGGGAGUAGAAAACAAUAUUGGAAAUUUCUCUUCUUUGGCACCUUUUGGUGCACCCUAUUCUGCCAAUCAUUCCUUUUUAGGGACGACUGCUGUCAAUGGAACUACUCAUUUGGAGGAUUCGUUACCGCCACCUCCACCACCACCACCACCACCACUUGUUGAAGAUACUCAGUUUCCGCCACCUCCUCCUCCUCCUCCACCACCAACUUUUCAUGAAACCAAUGAGUGGUCAAAGGAUUUUGUAGGAGACCCUUUGAGUUCUCUGCCGAGAAACGUUUCCAUGCAUGAGACGUCAAGUGAUUUGGAAUCGUAUCAUGCUGUUCCGCCGCCUCCACCUAGCAAGAUUUCUAAAAUAUGUUUUGCAGCAGAUAAGAAAUUGGGCACAUCCAGACGUUGUUUUGAUUACAAAGAAUAGCACAAUAGAAAGUAGCCAUCUCAUUCAGAUGUUAACGAUGCAAUAUAAUAGGCAAGGUCAUGAAUGGAUAAGGCCUGGAUAUUACCGAUAUCAUCCAUUCAUGACCAAUUGGAGUGGACUCUAGAAGAGUGCAUCUUUUGAAAAGUCUCCACUCCCAAAUAGGGAAGAAUCCGACUCCUUGUAUGCUUGAAUAAAAUGCCUUGCUAUCAAAGGAGUGGAGACUCAGUUCCUGAGAUUCAUUAUUGAGAUGCUUCUUAUUAUUCUUGAAUAGGAAUAGAUUGAAAUUAUCUGCACUUCCGUUUGCAACUUAUCUAAAUAUUCUUUAGAAUAGGUUAAGUGGAAAGUGCAAGAGCAAACAGGAGACUUAUCAAACAAGUUUUCAGUAUUUCACUGAAAACUUGAUACGCGUUUCCAACACAACGAAAUUGACAGUAGAUACCAAAGACUCUUCAACUUUGUCGCAAGAUAGCAACGUAUAUGUUUUAGUCUUCUUCUUCUCGAUACUCUCUCUCUCACCUUGUUUUAUGUCAAAUUCAGAAUUGCUAUUGGUUCAUAUAAUACACUAUUGUCAAGAGAAGGAAGAAAUUCCAUUUUGCAAAGAACAACACAAAUAAACUCUGUCUACGGAGACAAAUCUUUUGAACAUCUUUGUCGAAGCUGAAUUUAUGGUUUCCUUUAUUGCUCU